UGCCGAACUAGCCAAGUUCUAGCCAAACUCCUUUUGGUUGAAUCCCAAAUGGCUAUCUAUUGGUCAGAUAGUGUAAAACACUAGCGCGUAGCCGCCAUCAUUAUACAACCUAUGUAGUGCACUUGCAUGACAAGUGUUGAGCCAUUUGGGAUUCAGCCUGUAGCUUGCCGAGCUAGGCAGCUAGCAGCAUUUUUGAACGUUAUGUAUUUUAAUAGUUAAAUAGCUAGAUAGUGAGGUAACACUUUAAGACUGCUUAAAUAAUCACCAAUUAUUGUAACUAUGCUUGUAAUACAUUUAAUUAUUAUUUUAUAUCGAAUAAUACAUCGAGAGAAAAGGGUUACGCGGUGCCGCUAGGGGACAGGAAACUCGCUAAUUUAGCUAGCUAAUCAGCUACUCAGCUAAUCAUACUGCUGUUUUGUUAAAAAUAAGAAUUGUUAAAUGUAACGCUUGUAUUAAAUAAUUUGAGUCAGUUUAAUACAGUGCUUAAGUGUAUAAAUGUUUUUUAUGAAUGUAUAAAAAAAAGAUAAAAAACAAACAUUCGACGCCAGAAUUAUUGGCACCCUUUAAGAUAAGAGCUAAAGCGCUCAUAUAAAAUAAACAGAGCCAGCAAUGAUACAGAUUUUACUUUCAGAAAACAGCUGGAAGCUCUGACUUACAGUGUUGUGGUGUUGUCAUGUUAUUAUUUCGACUUAAUAACGAAUUAUUUCCAGAUAUUUUGUCGUUAUUGAGACUUAAAAACUCAUAUAUUUGAGUUAUCUCGUUCAGGUUGACACCCUACAAUCUGUCAGUGAAACUCAUUCAUGGAAUAUCAGCCUGUAACUCCUAUAGUAAGACUUAUAGUUCUUCCAGCUUGUCUGUAACUCGGUGCUGGGAAGAUGAAUGGAUUGUCUGUCAGCGAGCUAUGCGGCCUUUUCUGUUGCCCUCCUUGCCCAAGUCGGAUUGCAGCGAAACUGGCCUUCCUACCCCCAGAGCCCACUUACACUUUACUGCCCGAACUGGACUCGCCCCCACCCAUGACCUCCAACCAGAGCACCUCGGGCCUGCGUUCUCGGCUGAGUCGGAGAGGAGGAGGAGGAGACAGAGGUGGAGAGGGCAGGUGGAAGCUCCAUCUGUCAGAGCGAGCUGAGUUCCAGUACUCCCAACGAGAGCUGGACAGGACAGAAGUCUUUCUGACUCGCUCUAGUCGUGGGAACAAAGUGGGAUGCAUGUACAUCCGCUGCGCCCCCACAGCCAGGUACACGGUGCUGUUCUCCCACGGUAACGCUGUGGAUCUGGGUCAGAUGAGUAGCUUCUACAUCGGCCUGGGCACACGCAUCAACUGCAACAUCUUCUCUUACGACUACUCGGGUUAUGGAGCCAGCACGGGGAAGCCGUCUGAGAAGAACCUCUAUGCUGACAUAGACGCUGCCUGGCAUGCGCUGCGCACCAGAUAUGGGAUCAGUCCUGAGAACAUCAUCCUUUAUGGUCAGAGUAUUGGCACGGUGCCCACGGUGGACCUAGCGUCGCGGUAUGAGUGUGCUGCCGUGGUCCUUCACUCCCCCCUCACCUCGGGUAUGAGAGUGGCCUUCCCUGACACCAAGAAGACCUACUGCUUUGACGCCUUUCCGAACAUCGAGAAGGUGUCAAAGAUCACGUCUCCAGUGCUGAUCAUCCACGGCACCGAGGAUGAGGUGAUUGAUUUCUCGCACGGCCUUGCCCUGUUCGAGCGCUGCCCCAAGGCCGUGGAGCCUCUGUGGGUGGAGGGAGCCGGCCACAACGACAUCGAGCUCUACAGCCAGUACCUGGAGCGCCUGCGCCGCUUCAUCAGCCAGGAACUGACCGCACAGUAUGCCUGAAAAUCCAGCAGUUCAAAGCUCAGUCCAAGUGAAACGAACACUCCAGUGUCAAUUUGAGGGCCUGCUUCAACGUUUUCUACUCUGUAGGCUGGUAAAUAUUAACCUGUAGACCUGGAUGGUUCAACAUCUUGAAGCAGGACCUUGUGGGUCCAGUAUAGCAGGGCAAAAAUCACCACAAACUGUAUUGUCAUUAUUUCUUCGUAUUAUUGUAUUAUUAUAUUAUUAUUUCUUUUGCUCAAGGCAUCUACAGAGAGACUGCCAUAAGUGCAAUUUCUUAGAUUAGUUCUUGUUUGGUUCAAUAUUUUGGGCUGGAGGAUUUAAUUUUCUGCUCCUUCCUGUAUGUAUGUGCUCUCUGCUGGACAGAUUGGGUGUUUUGUCUGACCUUGUGGAGACCAUUAUAUGGGUCAAGUGUGUAUGUACUGAUUUAUUACAGACUCUUUCAAAAGCUUUUGGAUCUCAAGCACUUCUUUUGCCCCCUGUUCAGUUUUGUUUGUCACUUCUUAAUGCAUUUGGAUUGCCAGCCAGCCAGCAUCUUGUGUGUGGACAUGAACUGAGCGAUAAAUUUAGGCAGCAAGCAAUAUAACUUGGGUUACUGUGAAUACAACACUAAGGCAACCUUGAUACAAAAAAAAAAAAAAAUAGUUCCAUUUCCCCCAUUUCCCCUCCCAUGGAACAACUGAACUGAAAAGAAUGACGUCCGUUUUCCUUUAACGCAGUUAAAUUCACAUGAAUGUAGCUUUCAUCUUUCAUUCUCCACAAUGAUGCGUAGAUUAUGAGUAACUAGUGGUUUGUGUUAUCUUUCCAUCUGAGCUUCUCCGUCAGUGUGCUUUCCUCUGACUCUCAUUCAUGUCUUUCCUGAACUCUUUAAAUCUUGUAUAUAUUUCCCUAAAUGCUCUGUCUCACACGUUCACACUCUGUCUCACUGUGACACUAUACGCAUUAACUAUUCAUACAUCAUCUCAGUGCCUCACCUUUUAAUUCACAAGUUUUCUUGUGAAUUAAGAAUGGGUACUUCUGUUCUCUCUUCCGAACUCUCCGACGUUGUUACACCCUUUCCUCUUUCUCAUAGCGGCAGUGUCUGUAAAGCUUAAGAGAUGGUGAGAGAUUUUGAAUAUAAACGCAUAAAACAAAAACACAUUGCUAAUUUGUAAGAUAUCCUUCCUCUUUUUGGUAUUUCUUAUUGCAGACAGUUUUUUUUAGUAUUCUAUUUAUGACAUUAACAUUUCUCGCAGUUUAGCUAUACUUAACGCAUUUUAAGAACAUUACGAAGAACUUGCAAAUCUAUUUUUCUAAGAGUAAGUUUUUGCUCUAGUGCUCUAGUUUUAUCUAAAUCAGAGCCAUUCUUAAGGGACUGGACAAUAGUUUUAUUGCUAUUUGGUUGAAGUGGAAAGAGGAUAAUUCAGCCCUAUCCCUAAGAUAAUUAGAUUUGCCUUUGUCAUCAAUCUAAAGCCGCUUUUGAACAUGACUGCCUGAAUGGCGAGAUCUUCUAAUUUCACAAACUCAAUUUAAAUUUCCAAAGUAAAAUACCUUGGGUUUUUGUCUCAAAACGCAAUAACAUCAAAAUUACACGUAUUAUAGGUGUAAGCUGCAGUCUCACAGUGUGUGUACUCACACCCUCUACACUCCAAAUGGCAAUAAACCUAAACUUCAUGAUGCAGAUGUUUGGAAUAAACAUUUUAGAAACCCUCAUAUUUAAAAUGAUUAAUGUAUUAUUCUUUUUUUUUUUUUCUUUUUUUUUUCUUUUUCCCCCCAGCUGCAGCCAUGUAUAAAUGUGUAGUCAUGUUUCCGUUGGUGAAAGAAGCAACUGAACUUUUUUCCUUUUGUGUAUCCUUUUCUUAGCUGAAGAAUGUAUGUGCUGUAAUGUAACUGAUUAAUAAAAGUGAUGAUGACUAUG